UUUCUGGGAGACAUGUUCCUUGCUGUACACAACCUGCAUUUGUCUGCUGUAGCCGCGAUAACUUAACGGUCUACACUCUACACAUCAUGUCUGUACUUUCAACAAGCGGUGUAUUGCAUUGAAGCUCGCAUUCACGUAUAUUUGUCUUAUUUAAACAUAUUUUAUAGUCAAAGUGUUUCCUGGAGGAUGUUUCUGAAACUGUUUCACGGGUGCAGAGUGUUUUCAAAACACCUGUUUUGGUUCUGAAACUGCAGGUUAGCUAGCACCGGCUACAUGUCAGGUGAUGGUCGACCCUGAAGGGCGGUUGUAGUUGAAGUUUCUCUGUAAAACUCACUUUAUUUAGCCUACCUCUAACCUCUGACUCACUAAAAUGCCUAACAAACGUGUCCAGAAGAAAACUCUGAAACUGGUGUGUGAAUGGAGCUCAUGCCAGGAGUCGUUCUCUCGGAUGGACAGCUUCUUCACGCACGCAGAGGCUCACCUGAGUGCUUUAAACAGUGUGGAGGAGGACCAAGAGGAAGCUGAGGGUAAGGAAAACUGUCUCUGGAGAGAUUGUGGUUUCUGUUCUGUGGAGGGUCCUGAAGAGCUACGAAGACACCUUUUCUUUCAUUGUUACCACAGCAAAUUGAAGCAGUUGGGUCAGCAUGUGCUCGAUUCACAGCCGGAGCUUGGCACCUGCUCCAUCGGAUACCAAAACCGCAACAUCAUCCCUGAAAUCCCUGACAAUUUUGUCUGCCUUUGGGAGGAAUGUGAGCAACCGCCAUAUGAGAACCCAGAGUGGUUUUAUCGCCAUGUUGAGAUGCAUAGCCUGUGCAUAGAUAUACCAGCAGGAGACUGCGAAAUCCCAUUACACUGCCGAUGGAAAGAUUGUGAAGCCACAGCUAAAGGGCGACCAAAACUGCGAGAGCACCUGCGCAGCCACACGCAGGAGAAGAUAGUGGCAUGUCCAGGUUGUGGGGGAAUGUAUGCCAACAACACCAAGCUCUUUGACCAUGUUAUACGACAGAGUGCCAUGGAAGGUCAGAGGUUCCAGUGUUCUCACUGCUCCAAACGCUUUGCAACAGAAAGACUCCUGAGAGAUCACAUGAGAACACACGUGAGCCACUACAAAUGCCCAUUGUGUGACAUGACCUGUCCAUCACCCUCUGCACUGCGUAACCACAUCAAGUUCCGCCACAGCAAUGAGAAACCAUACAGCUGCGAAUACUGCGAAUACAGCUGCAAGAACCUGGUUGACUUGCGCAAACACCUGGACACACACAGCAGCGAGCCAGCCUUCCACUGCGACGUUCCCGCCUGUGACUUCUCCUCUCGCACACUCAUCACCAUGAAGAUUCACCACAAAAGAGCAUAUCAGGGGAAUUUCAUAGCUCGGUACAAGUGCCAUGUUUGUGAUCAGUGCUUCACCCGGGGCAACAACCUCACUGUCCACCUGCACAAAAAACAUCAAUUCAAAUGGCCCUCUGGACACCCCAGGUUCAGGUACAAGAAACACGAGGACGGCUUCUUUCGUCUGCAGCUGAUUCGCUACGAGAGCGUGGAACUGACGGAGCAGCUGAUGAGGGAAAGACAAAACAGGCAAGCUGAGGAGGAUGAAGACGGCGGGCAGGCAGAGGGUCAGGACAUGGAAGAAGGAGACCUGGGGGCAGCCCCUUCAGAGUUACAGGAGGAGCUGAGAGGGGUGCUGCUGGAGGAGCAGAGGACUGAGGAGCCAUCUGUCAGCACUGAGGAGGGGAUGUUGUACGUUCUCACUGGAGGGGAGGACUCUGUCAUGCAAGGAAUGCAGGUGGUUUGACUGAAAUAACAAUCCUGCACACACACCCUGUGCUUGACUUUACUUAGUGUAUGGUCAAGUGCACGGUGUUGCACAUUUCUGAAGAAUGUUGUGGAACUCUUGAGCCUUUGAUCAGAGCUGUGCAGAAGAUAGGUUUUCAAAAUGAAGUGAGGCCCUUGAUUUUAAAUGAAGAAGUCUCAAUGAAGCCAUGUGUGCUUGAUGUUGACCCAUAUUGACUAUGAGCCUAUAUUAGGUAAUGAAUCUUUUCUAAUGUAUUUUGUUCUCUUUUGUUGAGGUUCUAGGCAACAUGUUCGCCAGUCUAUUUUCAUCAUGUUCAAUGUAUCUUAUACUGUAACAUCCUUAUACAGUUGGAUACUCAUGCUGCUCAGGCUUCUGGGUAGUGAGUCCCAAGUUCGGAGAGAAAUUUCACACAGCUUUUGCAGGAAACUUAAAUAUUCAACAAAAUGUGUGGAAACCAGCAAGAAAGGCCUACCUCAAGUGAGUCUUUAUUUUAAAGUUUAAUCAACUUGAAUAAAUUUGUGACACAAAAUAACAAAA